UCAACGAAAUGUCAAAACAAUAUUGAGUAUUGACACUAUUUUAAUAUGGAAAUCAUGUGGUAUUUCAAUUUAUUUAUUUGUUGUAGCGUUAACGGUAACUGUAUAUGAAAACUGUACUGCUUUCUAAGAAAUUGGGAAGCCACAAAAGUUUAUUUCAAUAUUUCGACAAAUCUUAAUGAAAGGUAACAGCUGAAAACAUGAGCACACCAAAUGAAAAAGAAGAAACUGAAGAUGACCUGACUGAAAAUGGAUCUCCUGGGAAGAAAGGCGAACUAAACCUCAGUUUAGCUCCAUACGUUUUGUUGGCAGCACUGAGAGUGGUACUGACGUUGGUACCACAAACAGGUUAUGUGCAGCCAGAUGAAUACUUCCAGUCUAUCGAAAUUGUAACAGAAGACAUAUUCGAUGUUGAAGCUUCAAGGCCGUGGGAGUUCAAUGUGACCAAGCCGAUCAGAAGUGCAGCCUUGCCUUACUUGUACGCUGGACUUCCGCUGUUUGUACUCAAGUGUGUGGCCCCCUUCAUAAAGUUGUGGUUCGAGUACGACAUGGUCACACCUUACUUCUUAGUCGUCAUACCACGACUGACUUGUUGUCUGUUGUCGUUCCUGAACGAUUUGUGCCUCUUUAAGAUUUGCAAUAUUUAUGGACAGAACUAUAGAGCAAGACUAUUGACUCUAGCAAGUUCCUACGUGCUGCUAGUGUACGGCACUCGCACAUUCUCAAACACCAUCGAGAUGACUCUUACAUCGGUUUUGAUUUAUUUUGUUGCAGACUGUAUGCAUAGAUCUGAUCAGGUGAUUUAUCAGGAUGAGUACCUGCAAGAGUGUUACAAUAAAGCAGAAAAUAUGAGAGAAAAAGUGAGGUUAAACAGACUUCGAAAGUCACUGCCUGGACAUUCCUUCAGCAGCUGCCUCAUAAUAGCAAGCAUUUCUGUGCUGGGGGUCUUCAACAGGCCGACGUUUAUCGCGUUCGCUUUUACGCCAAUAUUUUUCUGGCUCCAUCGUGGUCUAGGGUCUAAAAAUAUCGGAUUGCCAGAAUUCCACUUGAGAAUAGUCUUGCUGGGUCUGUGUGCAUUGCCAAUGACAGUAUUCCUCAUCUUAGUGGAUUCGUUUUAUUUCGGAUAUUUGACUUGGAAUGAAAUUAUACAGAAGAAGAUCAGCCUGGAGAGCAACUUUGUGAUGACUCCGUACAACUUCAUACAGUACAAUGCGUACACGAGCAAUCUGGCGAACCAUGGUCUGCACCCUCGAGUCACACACUUGCUGCUGAAUGUACCUCUGUUGUACAACGUGUUGGGUGUAGCGGCCAUAUGUGCUGUCCUCAGCCUGCUCUACAGGAUUAUCAGGCAGAGAUGGAGUGAGCUACCUCGCAUACAGAGCAUCAUCGGCUUGAUGACAUCGGCAUGCAUCAUUCCCAUCGCUUUGCUCUCCAUCUUCCCGCAUCAAGAACCACGAUUUAUUAUUCCCAUCACGCUUCCUUUAGUCUUUCUCCAUUCGCAAAGAAUUCGCAACGUCCAUGAUGUCCAGCAGAUUUGUGAAAAACAAGACAAAGGAUUGAAGGUGUUUAUAAAAAAAGAAGUGUCUCAAAACUACAAAGACAAAAUAUUGUCUGUCUGGUAUCUGUUGAACAUGAUUCUGGUGCUAGUCUAUGGCUUUGUACAUCAAGCAGGAGUUUAUCCGUUGUUAGAUCACAUGUCUGUGGUCAUGAAGGAAAAGCCAAGACUGACAGCCGUUCAUCUAGUCACCAGUUUCGUGUACCCUCUGCCGAUAUCGUUGCUUCGCCUCCAACACGCCAAGACUUUCGUAAUAGAGGGAAGAAGCGGUUUGAAAAGGUACCAAACUGCAAGAGACUUUUUCACAUAUGAAAUGGGUCUGUCAGAUACAGUAGAAAAUGCAGCCAAGAAAGUCAGAGAAGUUGUCGGCACUUCCGAGAAAAUUUGGCAGGAAAAACGUUUGAAGUACAAAGUAUUUUUAGCAAUACCGACCAGUCGCUUAGCUGAAUUUGAAAUCAACGCAUAUAAAAUGAAUAUCACGUAUUUCGUAGAGCAAAUAUUUUACCCUCACGUGGCUACGGAAGCGAUGCCUGACUUCAGUUUGGGGAUGUUCACCAAGUGCGAGGGCUUCACGGAAUCCGAGUGUCAGGCCACCAUAAGCAACCUUUCACUGGACUUUCCACUCCAUUAUUUCUCCCACAUUAUCGAUCAGUGUGGCUUGGCUUUGGUUAAAAUCAAUAAAAUUAUCACUUGAUUCAAAACACUUUUGUAAUUGUACAAAAACAAAUUUUUCGCAAAUUAAAAUGUUUUAUAGUAA